AUGUCUGCAGUGUCCCUCUGUCCCUGUUUGCUGCUGCUGCUUCUGUCUGGACCGGUCCAGUCCCAGAGCCUGGAGCAGAGGUCCCAGAGCCUGGAGCAGGGGUCUCAGACCGACCUUCUGGCCUUCAACGUCCUCAACCUCAACUCUCUGCUCCAGGCCGAGCACCGGAGCGGACUGCGGCAGAUCCGGGUCCCCCGCCUGCCCCCCCAGGUCCCCCUUAAACGAGCCCAGCAGGGGUCUCGCUUCGCCCUGUCCCUGGACGUUCCCACCAGCAUCCUCAGCGUCCUCAUCGACCUCGCCAAGAACAAGGACAUGAGGAGCAAAGCGGCGGCCAACGCUCAGCUCAUGGCUCGCAUCGGCCGCAGGUGA